AUGACACUACCUGUAGGAGGUGGGCGCGUGGGGAAGAAAGGAUUUACCAGUUUCACCUUUGCAGGCCCCAUGCUUCCAUUAGAGCGCCUCAGUGAGUUAAAGCCUCUCAUUCUGUUGGAGUUCCACCCUGAGGCAGAGGCUGACACUGUGGACUGGCUCCUGGGGAGGAUCCUUACAAAAGAGUCCCUGGGGGGACUGGACCUGCUUGCCAGAGUGAUCAGCCAGAACAGGGCUGGGGGGGCCAUCAUUGCGGUGGGGACCACCUCAGAGAGGCUGCUGUUGGAGGCUGACGAGGACCUGCUGUUCAGACCCAAACCCGGCUGCUCCUUAAGAGCGCAGCUACCAGAGGUGGGGGACCCGGGAGGGAUGAGCACUGCGGAGGGGGUCUGUGGGAUUCUGUCAUCGGCUGAGUGUGUCACACUGUUGCAGAGGAUCUUGGCCCGGCUAAGAGUGGGGGUGUGUGAGCGGGUCCAGGUGUUUCGACAGAUUCACCUCCUCCCAGAUGAACCAGUGGUGGCCAGUUUGUCCAGCAAUGGAGUCCUAACGGACACCUACCCUUUCCAUGAGGCCCAACUUCUUCAGAGCCUACAGGGGAGAUGGAGGGCUUGCUGGUGUGGCCUCAAACCCUUCAGUUGGAGACAGCAUCAGCAGCUGCUGGAAGAGAUCAGGUCUUAUUUCGGAGAGGCAGUGGCCCUAUACUUUGAGUUACAGGGUUUGCUGGUCGGCGCUCUCUUCUUGAAAUCCACCAUGUCUAUAUUUCUCCAUUUCUACGCCCUCAGGCUGGGCUGGGGCAUGGUGCUUUUCACCCUCUCCGGUUUUGUAUGGUCGGGGCUGUUCCUGCAACGCUGGAGGCAGAAGAGCAAAGACCUGGAGAGAGACUGGGGGACUGUGGUAGUCGACCAGGCUCACAGUCACUCAUCAACAGCCCCAGCAGCGUCCAGGGAGGCUCAGGGCUCAACUCCACCACAACCUGAGGGACUUAGAAAGAUGGUCUGGAAGAGACUGCAGCACUCCUUCACCUUCCUAACCUGCAACCUCUGCCUCUCAUCCACUCUGAUCUUGAUGUAUUUACACUUAGAUGGACUAGUGGAGGAUGUCCUGCAGAAUGGAGGUCUCAGUUCCAUCUGUUACCACAUCCUUGUGUACAUCCCGGAAAUCACCCUGACAGUUGCAAUGGCAGGAAUGGACUGUUUGGCCUUUCAAAUGUCUCAAAGCCUUGACCACGAGCAGACAGGUGAAAAAUCAACAAGGAAACAGCCCCUGCUCCCUGAAGUCAUUCUCUCCUGCAUGUUCAACCACUUUGCUGUCCACUUCUAUAGAGUGCUGGUCCUGGAUGACGUCACCACGGUGCGCUUCCAUCUGGCGGUGCAGCUGGCCACCCUCCUUGGCCUCAAGCUGCUUUCCGCGAUCCAAUUCAACCCCUUAAGGAAGAGGAGGGUUCCCCCUGGUGACAACUACCAGGAACUUCAGCCUCCCAUCGUGAAACAGAUCACAGAGCAGAGCAGCAGACCACCUUGUGACACCCAGACACGAGGCUACCUGGAGCUCCUCAUCUCCUACUGUCACGUCAUGUUCUUCUCAGGCAUCUACCCCAAGGUUGCCCUCUGGUGCCUAUUGACCAUCGGAACUAAAUCUCACGUGGACCUGUGGCACCUGUGUUCAGACCUGCGCCGCCCCUUCCCCCAGACAUCGCACAGAGACGACACUCUUUGGCGCCGGGUCUUCAGGGGCUUCGAGGCCCUUGCCAUCCUGCUCAACUCUCUCUCGCUGUGGUCCUCUCCAGAUUCCAGGUUCCUCUUCCCGAGGGCGAUGGAAGACGGGCUGAGCAACCAGAGACACGCCGCCCUCGCCUUCCGAGGCUUCAUCGCCACCAGCACCAACAGUAGCAGGGGCAGUGUCAGCCACUGUAGAGACCCAGCAGCCAAUCAGGUCUAG